UUUUCAACCAACAAUUUUUAAAAAAGUAUCAAAAACUGCAAUAAAUCUUUGGAAAAAUCAAGGUGACGGAAGAUUAAGUGCUAAUAUUUUACUUACUCAACUUGGUUUAUAUCGAAAUCGUGAUUAUCCUUUUGAUGAUCCAUAUGUUGAAGCAAACGGCGUACUAGAACGACUUCAAGCAAUGGCACAAAUGCAUUCAUAUCUUGUAACAAAUGCAAAAUCAGAAUUAAA